GGUACGUGAUGGAAUGUAAGCUGUUUGGAGGGUGCCACUCAAGUGACCUAGUGGAAUAUUGAUUCUAACAACUGAAGUGUUUAAGAACUAACAUGUAACCAGUUAAGUCAACAAAAUAAAUGUCGUAAAACAGCAAGAAACCUUCAAAGUUUUUACCAUCAACUGGCAUGGAAACAUGGCGACCCAUUACGUUGCUAUGUUAGUCGUGUUCUACUCCAAGGCGCAGUGGAAACUAUUUUUUGUGCUGGUGGCGUAUUGUGUUUUUAGACUAAAUUCUCUGCCAUUACCUGAUGGAGCGAGAAAACUGGAGGACUCUCAAUCUGUGAGCUGUGUAAGCGUCAGUUUUAUCAACAACUGCAAAAGGCCAAUAAAAAUCUGGAAAACGAUGUCGCCGACAACAUUCAAAGGCUUCAUUAUUUCAGGAAACAUUUACCGAAUGAAGACUAUGGUGCUUAACCAAAGGAAACCAGUUGUAUUUCACGCAGAAGAUCUGGGUUCCAACCAAUCCGAUAAACUUUUACUAGAAGGGCAGGAGUCCCUUUCAAUUCUCCCGUUUGACUGUGAUGACAAAUUUGUUAAUGUUUCAGUUAGCUGUCGGUCUAAACUAAGCUAGAAGAGUAAAUUAAACUUAAGACGUGAUAAACCCUUUCACUCUUUGAUUAACUCUUUCACACCGAGUGAUUGGUAUCCAAUGUCUCCUCACAGUAU